AUGAACAUAAGCAACAGUAGUAAGAAUACGUUCAUAUCGGAUGAAAAUAAUGUAACAUAUGAAGAUGAUUAUAACGAGACAGAUAAUAAUAAGGAUGAGGGUGACGAUAGGAACACAUUAAUACAUGUAUUACAUAGUUAUGAAGAUUUUCAGAAAAAAAAUAUGAAUUAUGGAAAAGUAAAUCCAUAUAAAAAAAAAGAAACACAAUUAAGUAAAAUAAAAAAGAAUCUGGUACGUUUAUUAUCCAGUAAUGAUAUAACAAUUCAUAAAUUUAAUAGUGAAGAAAUAAAAGGUAAUAAAAAAAAAAAAAUGGAAAAUAUAAAAUUUUUAACUAGUAGAGCAGCUAUGUGGUAUCAGGUUGAAAAAAAUGACGAUCCAGAUUAUGAUUUAAAAUUAGAAAGUUCUAAAAAGAAAAACUUUGUAUAUAUAACAAUGAAUUAUAUAAAUAUCUUUAUGAAUGAUUUAUUAAAUGAUAAAAGAGGUAUGACAUAUAUAGCAACUUUUAUGAUUGUAUUAUCAAUAAUUAUAACAUUUAUAUCAGGAUUUAUUACACUAUAUAAUAAUAAUAAUAAUAAUAUAAACCAUUACAAUAAUCAUAAUAAUCAUAAAUAUCAUAAUAUUAACAGUAGCAAUAAUAAUAAUAAUAACACUAUUAAUAGUAAUGCAUUUUUUAGUACUAAUGAACAAUAUUUAAAAAAUUUAGAUGAAAAAAAUAACUGGAAUUUAAAUAUGUCUAGAAAUAAUUAUGAUGAUAUUAAUCAAUAUAUGAAUUAUAGUGCCUUGCAAAUAAAAAGAGGAAAUGAUCAAGAAAAUUACAAAAAGUAUAAUGAAGAAAUUUUUGAAAUAUUAGAACAACUAAAAAAAGAAAUCAAUGAAAAUAAAAAUAUAAAAAGUUCAGAAAAGAUACAAAAUGAAAAUAAAAAAGAUGAUAAAUUAAAUAUUUAUGAAAUUCGUUUAAAUAUAGAAAAGAAAAUAAAUGAAUUAGAAAAUAAGAUCAUUAAUAAUAAUAAAAAUAGUGAUUCAUUUAAAAGUAAUUUAAUUAAAGAAUUUGAAAAUUUCAAAAAUAUAUUUCAUGAUAAUUAUGAAAAAUUUCAAACACAAUUUAAAGAUUAUACAAAUAUUGUUAAUAAUAUAAAAAGUGUUAUACAUAAUAAAGACACUUUUAUAAAUAAUAUUCAAAAAACAUUUACACAAAAUCAAGUCGAUAUAAAAAAUAAUUUAACUAGUCAUAUUGAAAAUGAAAAGAAAGAAUUAUUACAAAAAAUAAAUGAAUUACAAUCACAAGUUAAAGUUAUGGAAUGGAAUAUCUUGAAACAAGAAAAUUUAUAUAAAGGCAUGAAACAAAAUAUAUUAAAAAUUUUAGGUCAAAACAAAUUAAAUACUAUUGAUAAUAAUAAUAAUAAUAAUAAUAACAACAACUUAUAUGAUGCAGAUAAUGAUAGUAGUUAUGAUGAUGAAUGGUUUGGAGAGAAUAAAAAUAUCUUAAUGGGACCCCCUAUAGAUAUGGAUAAGAAAAAAAAAAAACAAGAAAAUGAAAACAACAAAAAUAAUAAGAAUUAUUCUAAUCAUAGAUUUAGCCAUAAUUAUAUGCCUCAUCAUAUUAGUAAAGAUAUCCAUUCAAAUGAAAUAGAAACAUUAUACACACAAAAUGAGUUUAAAGAACUAUUAAAUGUAAUUAAUGAUAUUAAAGAACAAAUUAAUAUGUUACAAGAAAAAAAUAUAAAUUCAAAAAAUUAUUUAGAUGACACUUUUCUACAAAUGGAAGAAAAAAUUUUAAAAAACGCUGAAUAUAAAAUUAAAUACUAUUUAGAGAUAUAUAAAAAAGAUAUAUUAAAUGAAAUUACAGAAUCGAAAGUAAUAUAUAAUGAAGAAAAAUUUAAAAGUUUAACUUUAAAACAUGAAAGGUUACAAGCAGAUUUGUUAAAAAAUAUUAAUAACCAAAUAAAGAUCCAAUCAAAAUUAAUUAAGGAUGAUAUAAGUAAAUCAAUACAUUUUAUGAUGGAACAAAAAAAAGGAAAACAUAAUUAUAAUAAUAUAAAUAAUAAUAAUAAUAAUAAUAUUAUUAGUAGUAGUAAUGGUAGUAGUAAUAAUAAUAAAAUGAUAUAUUCUGACCAUUUAGAAAUUAUACAAAAAAAAGUAGAUGAAUUAUAUAAUGAAUUCAUAUUAGAUUAUAACGAAAUUGAUUGGGCACUUGAAUCUUUAGGUGCAAAAAUUGUAUAUAAAAUGACAAGUUCACCAUUAAAUAGAAAUGAUUUUAUAGAAAAAUUCCUUAAUCAAAUUGCUUCAUUUUUACCAUCAGAAGAAAUAUACGGAAUGAUAAAACCUAUGGGGAAAGACCCAGCUAUUGUAUUAAAACCAACGAAUUUUCCAGGUGACUGUUUUUCAUUUAAAGGUAAUCAUGGGAAAAUAACAAUCCAUUUACCAGCUACAAUUGAUAUUACAUCUAUAUCUAUUCAACAUGUACAUGAAAAUAUUAGUAACAAUUCAAAUGCUACUCCAAAAUAUUUCUCUGUAUAUGGUAUGGUUGAUUUAAAUUGGCCUGAACAAUUUGAGGAAAAUGAUAUUAAUUAUGAUGAUUUUAAAAAUAGCUCUCUAUAUUCAUGCUUACAUUCUACUUAUGGAAAUAUAAUACAACCUAAUGAAAUUUUACAAAGGUGGUUAAAAGACAAUAAACAGCCAAAUCUAAUACAUAUUGGUGAUUUCUAUUUUGAUAGAAAAAAAAGAAUAGCAACAUAUCCCACCAAGUCAUGUUUCCCAAUGAAAAGGAUAAUUUUCGAAUUUACAGAAAAUUAUGGUGCUUCCUACACAUGUGUCUACAGAUUAAAAGUUCACGGAAAAAGAUGUAUAAGAAAAUUUAAAUAA